CCACAGUCUUCUUGGAGUUUUGGAAAAGGAGACGAAGUACACUGAUCUACGCUUGGGACCUUAUCGAAUGGGAAGAAGAUGAGGAAACACUUCGUCCCCAGUUUGAAGCAAAGUAUUACAAAAUGGAGACAGUAAAUCCCAUCACAGGAAAACCUGAGCCACAUCAGCCUUCUUCAGACAAAAUCACUCGUCUUCUUGUUUCUGUCUCAGGCAUAUUCUUCAUGAUUUCUCUGGUGAUCACUGCAGUGUUUGCAGUAGUGGUGUAUCGCCUUGUUGUCAUGGAACACUUUGCAUCAUUUAAGUGGAAUUUCAUCAAACAGUACUGGCAGUUUGCAACAUCUGGUGCAGCUGUCUGUAUCAAUUUUGUAAUCAUUAUGUUGCUAAAUCUCGCUUAUGAAAAAAUUGCUUACCUCCUGACUAAUUUAGAAUAUCCUCGAACAGAAUCUGAAUGGGAAAACAGCUUUGCCCUGAAGAUGUUCCUCUUCCAGUUUGUCAAUUUAAACAGUUCCAUUUUCUAUAUUGCUUUCUUUUUGGGGAGAUUUGUAGGCCACCCAGGAAAGUACAAUAAACUAUUUGACCGGUGGAGACUGGAGGAAUGUCAUCCUAGUGGCUGUUUGAUAGACCUCUGUCUCCAGAUGAGUGUUAUCAUGUUUUUGAAGCAAAUAUGGAACAACUUUAUGGAACUGGGAUACCCGUUGAUCCAGAACUGGUGGUCACGACAUAAAAUCAAGCGUGGAGUACAAGAUGCUUCCAUACCUCAGUGGGAAAAUGAUUGGAAUCUGCAGCCCAUGAACCUUCAUGGACUGAUGGAUGAAUACUUAGAAAUGGUUUUACAAUUUGGUUUUACCACCAUCUUUGUUGCGGCUUUUCCUCUGGCCCCUCUUUUGGCUUUAUUAAACAAUAUCAUUGAAAUCAGGCUGGAUGCAUACAAAUUUGUCACCCAGUGGCGGAGGCCUCUGCCAGCCCGAGCAACUGACAUAGGUAUCUGGCUUGGAAUUCUUGAAGGAAUUGGUAUAUUAUCUGUGAUCACCAAUGCGUUUGUAAUUGCUAUUACAUCUGAUUACAUCCCACGUUUUGUCUAUGAAUACAGAUACGGUCCCUGUGCAAAUAGUGCAGAACACAGUGACAAUUGCUUGCAGGGAUAUGUCAACAAUAGCUUAUCCUUCUUUGACCUGAGUGAGCUUGGUGUGGGAAAAUCUGGCUAUUGCAGGUACCGAGACUACAGAACCCCCCCUUGGAGUUCCAAACCCUAUGAGUUCACCUUACAAUACUGGCAUAUCCUUGCUGCUCGAUUGGCCUUCAUUAUUGUGUUUGAGCACCUUGUCUUUGGGAUUAAAUCAUUCAUCGCAUACCUGAUUCCAGAUGUACCAAAGGGCCUAUAUAACCGAAUACGACGGGAGAAGUACCUAGUCCAAGAAAUGAUGUAUGAGGCCGAAUUAGAACAUUUGCAACAAGAACGGAGGAAAAGUGGUCAACCUGUUCAUCAUGAAUGGCCUUAGUUGAUACUUGUUACCCAGAAGGGGCAGUACCAUUAGUGGGAAGGAAUAAUAGCAACUUCAAAUUCUGGGCAAUAUCUAGAAGGAAGGCAUACCUGGCAAACCACAUGUAUCAUAUGCUACUUGGAAAGGUAGCACAGCCAUCUCUGGGAUUUGGAAUAUCCUGGCUUCUAGGGAAGAAAAAGAUGACUCAUGACCUUAAAAAGGGUUAGAUUGACAUUGCAGGAAGCCAGGAUCUAAUUCUCAGAACCAGCCUCAGGGAGUUGUGUGUUUGGAGACCUCACCUUCCAGCAGUUACAGUGUAAUAUGAAUGGUGGUAGUGUGGACUUUAGAGACAGAUUUCCAUGUAAAUGUUCACAAGCCAGGCAUGACUUAAAGUAUCAUGUGGUCUUCACUCACAUAUUAAUCUGAAUUUGGAACCUUUGGUUGAAUUGAGAUGCUUGCAAGAAAUGACUUAAAUCAGUUAUUGCCUUUGUUGCCAGAACUCCAUGUCCCUUCAGCUUCCGGGGUGGUAGAAAAUGCCCUUGUCUCUUUCUGAGACUAUGGGUCUGUGCCACAGGGAAUUUAUGCUGCUUCACAUUGACUAUGCAGUUGAUGAAUUGCACAUCACUUUUAGUAGUCAAACCAAAAAUCUAAGAUUCCAAAAAUAAUACCAUUCAUUAAAAUAAUAUUCUAUUGUAUUGACUACAUUUAAGUCUGUUUUAUCACUGGCAGAGCCAGUUGCACUGCACAUUUUUGGUACUAAAUGCCAAUAGAGCCACAUACUUAUAAAAUAUGAAUGGUUAUUCUUAUAUAUCAUUUAGAACAUGACUAAUCCAUACUUUACUGUGGAAGGCUGUUUUAUAGUACAUUUAAUUUUUCCUUCUUUGAUUUAUUACAGCUCUCACAAGAAUGUUAACUUACAAUGCUGUAAAUAUGUUGGUUUUCCUUGUAUCUUUGCACCUUGACAAUAAGUAAUACAAGUUACAGUUUAUGCAGCUCUAAGACCAUUUAUACAGUAUGCUAUUGUAAUAUGUUUAUUCAGGAAAACUGAAGCCAGAUGCUCUGCAACACUUAACGCUUUUUCAAAAAUGUGCACUUUUACUCAUGAGCUAAUGAAAAUAAUGCAUGAAUAUAAAUCUAUAUUAUUUGUUAAAAAACACAAACACACACUUUUUUGAGUUUUACUUUUUCUUCAUCACUGAAGGGAGUUUUCUGCUAUCAUUAUUUCUUCAAUAGAUUGAUUUGGUUUAUUUUUAAAAACCAUAGAAACAAAUUCAAAUUAAUUGUGAAAGACAUAAUUUUGCUUUGCUGUGGAAUUCCUCUUUCAGUGUCAACUCUGUAUCUGUGAGUGUCACUAUUCACAGACGAAGCAGGAAUGAUGGGGCAUUCAACUAAAGAAAGUGCAGAGAAGACAGAAGCUGUGUGGGGAACAUGGAAAGAAAGAGAAGGGGAAUGUAUAGUAAAAAUCAAGACACUUUUCCUGGCAAAAUAAGGAAAUCCUAGUUUUCCUCCUUUGGGAAUGGGGUCUGGAAUCACACAUAAACACAUAUACAUGAUUAUGAUGAUUAUUAUUAUUUUUCCAAUAAUUUUUGCCUAAUUCAUCAAAGCACAGUUAUUUGCAAAAUUUAAAAUACCAAAUUAAGCACAGUGGAAAUAAAUCUACUUUGCAUGUAUGCCAGUGUUUCUCUAGAAGGAAAAUUAUAAAGUUUCUCUUAAAAUUUUUAUAAUUGUAACACUGAAAGUGUUUUGUUACCUUUCCCUCUUUCUUUCCAGGGAAAAGCUGAUGAUAGAUUAUUGUUCUUUCAUUGUUUUUAUCAAAAAUAUUCACGUCCCUACUUGCCCUCUGAUUCUGAGCAAGGAGAAAGACCUCAGACUCUAAAUUUCCCUCACAUGCCACUCAGAUUACCAUAGAGGUUCUUUCUGCCCCCUUCUUAUUCAUAGCAACUAAUUCUACUAACU